AUGCUACGCCGUAACUCGGAUGUUGAGAUUCAACUGCCCGAUGCGGGCCCGACAACUGUUUCGCCCGAUUCAUUGAACGAGCCAGAUGUGGAGAUGCUGUCGGACGAGCAGCCUCUACCGCUGAGUCUGCCCUCACAUCUUGCUGCUCGUUUCUCGCGGAAGCCUAGUUUGGUCCGCCGUUCUUCUGCAGCUUCGUCGCGCCGGAGUUCGACCUCCUCAUUGCAUUCGCACCAUUCGAAUCCUUCUUCCCAUGGCGCGUCCUCUACAGACAACAUCGCGCAACACCUUCGACGUACCUCUAUCCUCGAAACCCGGAAAGCGAGACUCGCGGAUCGUGCGUUGCAUGCAGAGAAAGUGAGACUGCGCGCUGCCCUUACGAAGGCUGCUACCAGAAACUUGCAAAGGGAGGAAAGAGCCCUGGCUGCCCAACAGACGCGGGAGCGACUAUUGGCUGAGAUCACUGCCAAGUGCGAGGAGGAAGUUCGUCGGGCCAAGAAGAAGGCGGAGGACAAUCGAGAGAAGAAGGCCGCAGAACACGCCCGUCUUCGGUUAGAAAUGGCAGAGAAAUUCGCGGAGGCGGAAAAGAGGCGUGUUCUCUACCAGCAAAGUCAGCGACGUCAUCGCACGAGCAGCCUGCCCGCCGCAGAGGAAAAGAAGAUGGCCAAGGUGGUCACCAGAUCGCUCACUCGGGACGCGGCCGCGAGGACCAUCCAACGGGUGUGGCGGACCUACCGUGCGAAGAGGGUCAUGCAGGAAUUCCAUCGUUUAAAACUGACGACGGAUGGUAUUAGGGACAUGGUCUUCGAGGAUGUCGGUGCUCUCCUCUCGAAGGAUAUAGUCCUAUCCGCCACGGCCCGCGUCCUUCAGCUCUGCGGUCUGGAGGAUAUGGAGAGUGGGACAAUGGGCGGACGGGGUGCUGUGCGGACCUUUCUAAGCAGCUACCUCAUUGUAUCUCACCCUGCGGAGGUAUUGAGUAGCAAUGGCGAGCAGGAACAGGAUCUAAUUGCCAAAGCUCGCGAGCUCCUGGCGGCAUUUGAACAGGUGACGCCGUUGCUCUCCGCUGGCUGUUGCUCCCCUGCGGUCAUCUCCACCGAGCUCCAGACCCUUUGCGAGGCGUACAACGUGUUUUUCUCUGCUUUCCAUGCGUGGAAAUCACAUGACUCGAGCGUUCUAAUCGAAAUAAUGCUGGCGCAGUUCAUUGAGCUAGAACUGAUUUGGCAGACUGUCAAAGACGAUCGAGCCGGAGGUGUAGCGGACGACUAUCGCCAAGGAAUCAGGCAGAACCAGAUCUUGCUCCUCGCGAGAUUAAAGCGUCUUGCCGGUUCGGAAAAUGCGAUGCAGAUGGUCCGAGAUGCCCUGAAGAAGGCCAAGCGCGAGAAGAAAAGAACCACGUCCAAGCAGGCCAUUCCACGAUCUGCCGAGGUUGCACCCUCGUCUACCGAAGCUCUCACGGAAAGCGUCGCGUCACCGAUCAGUGAGAGUUUUAACAAUGCGGAUAGUACGCUCCUUCGAGAACUGGAAAGGCAGCGCAUGUCUCCCCAUGAACAAUUCACCCGAAUCCUCACGGCGCUUCCAGAAAAUCGUACAUUGGUCCAUGAGCUGCUCAUCAAUAAGGAAUUUAAGAUUGAGGAGACUCAGUACACGGAGCCGCGCAGGAAAGUAAUGGCGCAUAUGUGUGAGAUGAUGCGAAAAGACGUAGAUGCCGGGCUGGGAACGGAUUGGACCGUGGCCAUGGCCACUGUCAUCCAGGAUCGCUUACUACGCUCACUACGGCCGGGGAAUUCACUUCAUGUGCUGAUUAGUGAAGUACUCGAUCCGAAACUCAUCGAGGUUCAAAGCAAAGCCGGUGCCUUCUCUUAUGAUAGCUUCUUCAACUUUAUGAACACCAUCUUGCCCAAGCUCUGUGCUCCUUAUCGGGACCCUGCAGUCCAGGCCUUUGCAGAGGACACAUCAGGGGAUGCAAUCGACCGCUUGGCGAGACUGAUGGCGAUCAUCGAUCUUCUGUCUCUCGAUCACACGAAUUUCAUGAUCCAGGUUGCAGCUCCUCAGCUCAUCCAGGAAGCGCCGGGGUAUGAACAGAGGACCUUUGAAAGGGGACUGCAGGAUGGAUCCAUAGGCCUGGUCAAAAGCCGACGAUUUUGGCGAACCCAUCACAACGUCAUCGUGGACGAGAUGCGGAAGCGUGACCCGGAAAAUGUCAAUGGAGAGCCGCGGCCACCGGCGUCCAAGAUCUAUGCGCAAGGUCUCGUGGAUCUUGCGCUAAGCAAUGCCUCCGUGUCCGACGAUCUGAUUCCGGAGACGCUUGAAUUAGACCGGCAACGACUGAGAAAACUGCAUGCGCAGGCGUUCAAGAUUGUAGCCACGGCAUCGAUCCUGCUGACGGCGAAGAACCUACUUAAGCGCGACGUGCGGUCCCAAUGGAAAGCCGAGGCCGAUCGAAUCCUUUCCCUAGAUUUUAGCGACAUCCAGCCUGACCGAGUUCAAUCAAUCUUGGAAUCAACACACCCGAUGCCUGCCAGCACCCGCGCUCAACUGGCAGCAACCAUCCGGCGGGUUUUGGGACCGGUUGCCACUGCUUGUGCCGCAGUCUCGCCAUUUGGAGGAACACAGUCCCCGGUCACGAUUGAGACGGAUUUGUCUCAGCAUGAAUCCCCCUCGUCUGAUCCAGCCAAUUUUCCAGGGCAUAGCGCAAAUAAUGGAGCCGUAGCGACGAGUUUUACGGAUCCCGUUGCGCGGCUCAUUCUGUCACGUCUGCGAGCCCACGUUGUCUCUCGGCUGAGUGCUUCGAGUGCUAGCGAAAGAGUGCGGGCUACAACCACGGCGAGCCAGAACCUGGCGGGGGCAGGAAUGCCCGAGUUUGUCAACGAAGUCGGACAGUUAACGGAAGAAUUGGAGAAGGUCCGUGAAGUAGAUUGGAUAUGCCAUGGGACGGUCUACGAGCAGAUCCUUGGGGAAAUCAUUUCCCCCGAAUCCAGAGUAUGA